AAGAAGUAUUAUGUGGAUUGACUGGAAUGCCUAUUAAAUGAAGUGGAAUUUUUCAGCAUUUACGGAAGAAAAAAUGAAACUAAACUUUGAUGUGAAAACCUUUUGCCAGAACUUGCGAGCCACUAAACCUCCGUAUGAAUGCCCAGUACCAGACUGUAGGAGGAUUUAUCGAAGUUUUAGUGGUAUUCAGUUUCAUUUGUACAGAUUUGAUCAUGAAAACCCUGACAAUAACAGUCCUCAGGCAUACUAUCAUUAUUCAAAAAAAGGAAAUAAAAAGAAAUUAAGGUGGAACAGUAAACAGCAUCAGGGAUCUCCAUCCCCUCCACCUUUUCAAAACACAAUAACUCGGGAAGGCCUCACAUAUGCUGAGGCUCAACGUUUAGUAGAGGUUGAAGUUAAUGGCCAGACUUUUAGGCUUGAUAUUAACGAACCUUUGGAUGUUGUUAUAGUUGAUGAAGAAAUAGAUCCUGAAAAAAAAGUGGAAAAAUUGAACAAUGUUGUUAAUUCACCUGAGAAAAACUUUAAUAAAUCUAGUAAAGCCUCAGAUAAUAAUAGCACUAAAAAUAACAAAAAUGGUGGUUCAGAAGAAACCAAACUUCCUGAGCCUUCUUACAGAAUAAUACCUUCCUACAAUCCUCCUGAUGCUCCACCAAGGCCAACGUCAUAUUACAGAUUUAUUGAAAAGUCUGCAGAUGAGCUUGAUGAGGAAGUUGAAUAUGAUAUGGAUGAAGAGGAUUGUGCUUGGUUGGAGCUGAUGAACUACAUACGUUCUCAAGAAGAACUGAAAGAGGUAUCAGCUGACACCUUUGAACUCUUGAUGGACAGAUUGGAAAAAGAAUCAUACUUCCAAAGCCAGUCCUCGGGGAAAGACCUUGGACCCCCAAUUGAUGAAGAUGCUGUUUGCUGUAUAUGUAAUGAUGGAGAAUGUCAGAAUUCAAAUGCCAUUUUGUUUUGUGACAUGUGCAAUCUUGCAGUACAUCAGGAGUGCUAUGGGGUUCCAUACAUUCCAGAAGGUCAAUGGUUAUGUCGUAGGUGUCUCCAGUCUCCAUCUCGAGCUGUUGAUUGUGUUUUGUGUCCUAAUAAAGGUGGUGCCUUCAAACAAACAGACACAAGCCAGUGGGCUCAUGUGGUUUGUGCACUUUGGGUUCCCGAAGUUUGUUUUGCCAACACAGUGUUCCUUGAACCUAUAGACAGCAUAGAAAACAUCCCACCAGCAAGGUGGAAGUUAACAUGUUACAUCUGUAAACAGAGAGGAGUUGGAGCUUGUAUACAGUGUCAUAAAUCAAACUGUUAUACAGCUUUUCACGUGACCUGUGCUCAACAAGCUGGGUUAUUUAUGAGGAUGGAAGCCGUAAAAGAAACGGGAAAUAAUGGGCCAACGUACAAUGUUAAAAAAACAGCUUAUUGUGACGUUCAUGCUCCUACUGAUUCUGAGAAGGAUAAUGAUGAAGGCGGUGGAAAAAUAGAUAGUGUUAAAAAGGCCAAAGCCAGGGCCAAAUCAAGAGAGAAGAUGAGAAAGGCAAGGAAGAUAUUGGCUGAGAAUCGAACAGCAGUUCCAGUAGUGUCUAUUCCAACAAUACCACCUGAUAGGUUGACGAAAAUAGCUGCCCUGAUAUCUUUGCCAAAGAAGCAACAGUUCCUACAAAGACUGCUAGGUUAUUGGACAUUGAAAAGACAGCAUCGAAAUGGUGUGCCUUUAUUAAGAAGGUUACAAGCAGCACACCAGCCUCGUAAGGAACAGAAGAUUGAGAGCAAAGAGCUGAGUGCACUCAAGGGGCAGUUACGAUACUGGCAGCGUUUACGACAAGACUUAGAACGUGCAAGAUUGCUAGUAGAACUCAUUCGUAAACGUGAAAAACUGAAAAGAGAAUACAUCAGAGUUCACAAGUUUGCCACUGAGAUGACUCUUAAUCCGCUAAGGAUGAUGCUGAAUGAGAUCUUGGAUCAGUUAAAAGCUAAGGAUAUUGCCAGUAUAUUUGCUGAACCAGUUGAUGUAAAAGAAGUUCCAGAUUAUCUAGAUGUCAUUAAACAUCCAAUGGACUUUUCUACUAUGAAGAAAAAACUUAAUGAUCAUCAGUAUUCAAACUUCAGUGACUUUGAAGCAGAUUUUCAUCUCAUCAUAAACAACUGUUUAAUGUAUAAUGCUAAAGACACAAUCUUUUACAAAGCAGCCCAGAAAUUAAGAGAACAAGGAGGUGCUAUUUUACGACAUGCCCAGAGACGGGUCGAAUUAGUAGGUUAUGAGUUUGACACUGGAAUCCAUUUGAAACAACCUCCACAGAUUGACCAGAUUUCAGACUGCAAAAUCAUGGAAGAAAUGGAUAAUUUCCUGAAUUCAAGUGACAGAGAGACAAUGACUGUAAAGGAUCAGCUGAUUAAGUUGUUAGAACUCUUGGAUAAAGUUUCUUUUAUCAAGCAUGGAGCUACCAGAGUGAAAAAACUGAAGACACUAAAGUUGGAGAUUACAAAGGCUCGUAGAAAAAUGUCCAUGAUGGCAAGUGGGAUCGUGAACAGGAAACCGCGGCUAAGGUUUAGUGGAAGCGAAAGAGAUUCAGAAGAAAUAUCUGGAACAGAGUCAGAACGAGAAAAACAAUUCUCAGGUGACAGUUCUACAGCAGGAGAAACAUUAUCCUGUGAAAAACUGUCUGAGAAAAAUACUUCAGAAAAGAAAGAGCUUGGACUAUUGAAAUCUGGAGAAACUCCAGGGCCAGUUGUUAGAAAUCGCCGGAAAGGAAAGUUCCUUCCUCCUUUGAUAAUACCUAAGAAAGAGUGUAAUGAAAGUACCGGACAAGAAUCUUUAUUGACAUCUCCCGUAUCUCCAAGCCAGUCACAAUUCCCUUCUUCUCAGCAUUACACUCGAGCUUCAAAAACAAAGUCUCCAGGAAAGCCAGCAAUGACAGUACAAAAGUCUCCGAAGGUGCCUAGACAUAGUUGUGAGUCAACUCCUGAUUCUAGGAUGGACAACGUCAACCUUCCUGACCAAGUAAUGCUACCCCCCUGUCUAACUCCUUGCAAGCCUCCUUCAACAGAAUCUCUGGCACCUCCACCAUUAACCAGUCCACCACCCAGUCCUCCGGCAACACGAUCUACAAGAAGCGGAAUACCUUUCUCACCCAGAUCACAUCGGGGUCUCCUUACUCCACCUGUGCUUGAACCUCAGGUUCCCCUAACUCCAGUCCAGUGGGAGGAGAAGGACAGUGUUAAAAGUGAAGAUUCUUUAUCUGGUCGAGGAAGGAGUAUGAAGCAGAGAACAUUCUCUUUGCCUGAUGAAAAAGAAGUUACUCAUGUCAGAAGGUCAUUCAGAGUCAGUACUUUGAGACAGACGUCUGAGAGAGAGAGAGAAAGGCUUUGUGAACAGCAGGAAUUGGAGAAGAAUACAUCUGAGAAAAAGAUGAGGAAGGAGAACAGAAGUAGAAGUGAAAGAGGUAAAAAAAGAUCGUGGUCAGAAAGUGAUAUUCUAGGAAGUACUGUAAAAAAAGAAAAUGAAGAGAAGAGAAUUGCCAGAUGAAAAGGAGUCCCCAUUACACUAAUUGCUAUUAGCAGCUCACGAUCUUCCACAGUUAACCUGCUUUGUUUUACCAUAUUUUUUGUAUUGUGAACCAUUGUCAGUAAUUUAUUGCUCUGAUUGAAAGGUUGUACAUACGCACAUACCAUAUGCAGAUGUGAAUAUUUAUAUAAUGUAAUCACACUUCACAAUGUACACAUUAUCUUGUAUCUACUUCUAUACUUUUUCAUAAAUAAAUUUCAUGGUAUAAAUAAGUGUGAGGGAAUAUUUAACAGUUUGAUUAGACACAGAAUUGUCUUAGUCUUGAGGAAAAAAAGGGAGUUUAAAUUAUUUGAAGUGACUUAAGCAAAAGUAGUAUCAAGUAAUAAUUCUGAUACAAUAUCUUAUCUCCCCUCACUUAAUAGCUUCUCUCAGUGCUGCCUUCUAUAUGUACACAUUUUUUUCACUCUCCAUUAGGCUUGAAAAUCCCACCUCUCCCACAUUCAACGGGGUUCUACUGCGUCUUCACAUGCAAUAAGCAUGCAGAAAACCUCCACCAAUAGCAGUAUCCCACACACUCCUGAUGCAAGUUACUCCUUCUAUACUAUUACAGCCUAACCUUCACUUCUAGUUUAGACACAGUUGUGUUCAGAUGUUACAACAUUUUGCUCAUGUUUUCAACUUUAAACUGGAUUUUUUUUUCUUGAAGUAGUAGUUUAACGUAUGACUUUGAAUGAAAGUAAACUUAACUUUUAGUGGAAUUACCUCAUUUGAAACAUGAAUUCUGAAUUUUAUGCCACGAAUAUCGCUGUCGUGACUACUACUACUUAGUCUGUUGUUUCUCAGAUUUCAGGUUCUACACUUGUGGCUGAGGAGGUCUCGGCCUUAGUUUGAUGGGAGUUUGAACACUUUUCUCCUUCUCCUACAGGGUCAUGUCCUUUAUAGGUUGUGGAACCUGCUCAGUGGUAAUUGGUGCCUGUUCAAGUAUACUAAUUGGCUAUCAGCUGCAAGAUCUGCACUGUAUGGCCUAUUACACAAGAGUAUGCAUAUUACUGACAGGGGUACCCUGGCACACCACCUCUAAGGGAAUGGGACCUGUAGGCUGGUAUAGCAAGGAGCUGGAUUAGGCUAAUGGUUGGCUGGGGCACCCCACUAGCUCAACCUACUGGGGCUUGACCCACCAACCUACAUAUAUACACCUCUCUCCAGGCCAAUAACACACACUGUUGCAAUGGGGUGUUCCAUGAAACUGAUAGUAGGUUCACCUUGUGGUAUAUUGCAUCAUAAUUGUGCCUGUCCCAGACUGUACUAACUCAUGGACUAUUAUGAGUGAAGCAGAAGGGGUUGCUGUCCAUCCCUGCCAUUUCUUUGAUUGAAUAAAUUGAGAAUGGUCUACUUUUCAAAUUAGGGUUACUGUGGUCACCCAUUUCACAGUUGCUGGUGUAGUUCUUCUCUGGACUCUCCACUGCCCCCCUUCCUGCAAGUGGAGUACAAGAGUCCUUACCACUUCUUAGUUUCUAGCCACUGGGAUGGUGGACAUGGAGGUUUCUUCCUGAAUGUGCUCCUCAAUCCUAUUCAGUAGAGAAUAGGGCAGUGGUGUUUUGCCAGUCUUGAUGCUGUAGAUCCUCCCACUUAUUCGUAAACUGGAGUAGAUCCACCAAAAUGCAGUUCACCCUUCUGGUUGGGACCCCUCAUCCCACCAUUCAUUUCCUGGAUGGUAGGUUUUGGAUUAGAACUAGAUCAGCCGACACAAGUCCUCAUGCAUGUGUUGGUCAGAAUCCCUCAUCCUACCAUGAACACGAUGUACUAGUUGGUCAGUGUAUCCCCAGUGUACCUCCUCCAUCAAGCUGAAGCUUGAGAAUUUGGUUUUGCAAGGAGCUGGACUUGCUGACAGGUACUCUGGUUGGCUGGAGUAACCCUGGCAUAUACCACCUACGGGUCGCGACUUGUAAGUUCUGGUAGUUCAUGGAGCUGGGCCAGAAACUAGAAGUCUGGUUUUGCAUUUGAGUGUUAAUCAUCACACAGGCACUUCUCUGUCUACUGUCACUUGGAUGCCGAGUUCCUGAGUGGUUGGUGUUGGUUGAGGAUUUGUGAACAUGUGCCCUGUAUAGACAAAUGGGACAGAACAGUUUUCCUUCUGUCUCAUAGGCUUGAGGUGAAGAUGGUAGGGACCCUCUUCCUACCACAGAGCGGAAGAUAAAUAUCGAUGCCACCUGGUUUUGGACUGGAGUUGACCCACCAAGUACGGUCUAACAUGCCCUAGUCAUUAUACACUGUAGGGCAUAUCUUUGGCUGGGAACCCUCCAUCCUACAAUCUUCUGGGUGUCGGUUCCUGGGAGUUCAGUUUUAGUGUUGAGCUGGACUAACCAACAUGUAUGCAGUCUAGGUUGUGCUACACCUAUUUUCCACCUAAUUCUAUAACACUUACUACCUCAUUGGGCAUGGAUUAUACCUGGUACAGAUGUGUUGGGUCUCCCACGGGUGUGUUUCUCUCUCAGUAGAGUCACACUCCACUUUCCGAAGGGUGCUUAUCUAGGUAACUUUUGCACUGGUCCCUCCAUCUUUUCAUUGUAGGAUUCUACACUGAAAAUAUAUUUCUGAUAGGUACUUACUUCUUCUCACACUUCCCAACCUUCCUGUGCUUCUUUUGUUAGGUUGGGCUAAAUAGUAUAAAAGGACUAACUUGUGUCAGGAGAGUGUUUCUUGCUCCUAUUGGUGGAGGGUUGCUGCUUGCAAAGAUGCAGUAGAUUCACGUUGAAUGUGGGGUAGAUGGGAGUUUCAAGUCUAGUGGCAAGCAAAAAAAUGUGUGCGUAUAGAGGGCAGCACUGAAUGAGAGAAGCUUCUAUGUGAGAGAGGUAGGUAGGUAGGUACCUAUCAGAAAUAUAUUUGACAGUGUAGAAAAAUAUUAACUCUUACAAUUUUGAAUAGACAACUUGUAACUUGUUAGCAUGUGCUUUUGUGGAUGUGUGCAACACUUAUGUGCACUUCUUUUUUGAAUGAAAUCUUUGCUUUUUAUCCUUUUCUUAGAGUUCUUAAAAAAACACAAAAAAACUUUUUCUUCAUUCAUUGAGUAGCACAGUAUAAAACUACUUUCCAGUAGUAAUAAAGCAUAAGAUUACUGUAUUA